AUGUCUACUCAGAACAUCAUCAAUAUGUCCUUUACUCAAGGCUUCUACUGCUUCCCCAUCUUCACUACUUAUUGCAAUGAUGUGCCUCUCUCCCCUGAGACAGAGAACCAUCCUGACCCUCUGGAGCAGCGUAUCCAUGCCAUGCCAGAUGUUGAGGUAUUCCUCAUGGCUGACAACCACCCUCCUCAGUGGUUCCUAGGUGUUGACCUUGCUCAUGCUCUCCAUGGGGCAUGCUACCAUGCUCUCCAAGUCUUUGGGGAUGCAGUUCAACCCUCAGGAUGGAAUCACCAUGAUCCCUGGGGCAACUAUGAUUAUGCCUCCAAGCUUGAGGAGAUUAACUUCCCCUACAUCUCUUGUCCUAUAUGCUUUACUUGUGACCUCUACCAUUUUCCCUUUGACACAUUCCAGGAAUUGCAGCACCAAGUUCAUCACAAUAAUUUCCACAUCAUCUGCCUCAAUGCACUGUCAAUCAUUAUGAAUGCUAACAAGCAGAACCACUAUAGCAACUUAGCCCAUGUUGGGUAUUUUUGUGGUUCCCCUGCUUCGCUCUGA